AUGAUACUGAUCCUUGGUACUUUCACUGUUGCUGUGACAGCGAGUGCUAUAUCUCUCCUUUCCAUUAAACAGUCCAGGAAAAAGGUCCACAAAUCACCCCGUCGUGAAAAGCUACCAAAAGAUCUCGAAACUUGGAAGUUUCUCAACUUCGAAAAAUACGUAGAAGUAUGGGACGAACUCCGACCUCUGCUCGAGCAGCAUAAUUUUCUGCUGUGGAGAACCACGCUCGGGCAACAGCUCUGGGAAUAUGAUCUUCCUCCACAGGGAGAUAAUUUCUUCUACUUAACUUCACACAGCACGCCAAAUAAGUCAUGGGUAAGAUGGCGCAGAUUCGGUGUUAUGACGGCGUGUCUUAACCACGCUGCUCGCAUGAAUGGAAUUCGCGACGUCGUUCUUCGUGUAGUUGCACUAUCAGGCGAAGGACAGACCCACCUGCGAAUUAUAAAGCGACUUGCAUCCCCUCCAGACCAGUUGUUAAGCAGCAACCACAUUCUGCCUAUUUUAUACGAAAUUUAUUUCCAGGAUAUCGUCAUUAUAGCCGUCCCAAAGCUUAUUUUCGAUCUUCGUGAGGUCCUUCGCUAUACAGAGUCGAACUCCGUUGAAGACGCCUUAUACAUGGUGCUCCAGGCUUUUGAGGCAACUGCAUAUCUCCACCAAAACCUUAUUGCGCAUCGUGAUCUAUAUCUACCUAACUUUAUGGUUGAAUGGAUGCCGGAGUCUUUGACUCAACGCACAACCGUGGCUCGUCCUAGGGUAUACAUGAUCGAUUUUGAAACUGCAGUUGAAUUUCCAGCAGACUCCUUAGAGUCGGAUAGGAUGUGCACAUCGUUUCAUCGGGACCUAGAUCAAUUUGGUCGCUAUAUCGCGCCGGAACUUAGAACGAAGGAGCCCUAUUGCCCUUUUAAAUUGGAUAUGUGGCAGUUGGGAAAUGAUCUACGUAUCACUCUAUUGACCGGACUGGACGAGGUCGACAGACUGUGUCAGGCCCUUUGCGAACCUAAUCCUCCGGACCGCAUGACAGCUGACACUGCCCUGAAGACUCUUGAUGAAUUUCUUCGUAAAACUCCUUCCAUUGAUCUCCACAAAAAGAUAUUGGACCCCACCAAUUAUGAGUGA